GGUAACACAAGCAGUCACGUGAAGGAAACAUAUUGUGUACAUUGAAUAUUCAAAAUAUCGUCGUACAAUGAGCUACAUUUUAUGACGGGAAGUGAAUGAGCUGAAGACUUCAGUGAGAGACCGCCCGAGUGAGAAAUUGUGCAACUCCCACGAUCAUUUCGACACGACGACGGUCGAACUCCAGCUCGUUUGUCAAGUUUCAAAAUGGACGCAGUUGGCAACUUGUUUGGUUUCGUUUCCUUCCCCGAAUCCUCGCCUUCGCCUCGCCAGCGGACCCACCGCGGUUUCCCACAGAACAAAACUUGUUUUCACUGAUGAGUAAAAGUGGAACUCAUCGAUUAGCGUUUAUAUUUGUUUUUGUUUGUCGUUAGGUGUUUUCCUUUUUCGGAUCUGCUACGUGGCCCCGACCUUCACUUCCUGAUUUGGAAACUUAACUUUUUGUUUACUGUAUCUCACAGGGGGGAAAGUGAAAGUAUGGUUUUUGGUUGGGACCAGGUUUAAAGUGACGGAUUUGGUUAGGGUCAUGUUUCAAACAAGAAACAUUUGUCUUCGAGGAAGGACGAGAGGGAAACGUCACAGCUGACAAGUUCCGAAAUGGAAAAUGGAACCGAUUCGUCUUCGAACAUAUUAAUACCAGUGACUGAAUAUUCGGACGAGUUUAAACGAAAAAUAUUGGCUCCACUCCAGAGUGCAUUCUUGUACGAAGAGUCUAAGGUGUCUUUUAGGUUCAAAUCGGCAUCCCUCGUGAAAAACCCAGUCUUGACGCAAAAGUAUGUUGCCUUUCGAGCCAAGCGAAGACAAGCAGGAUAUUCGGAAGAUGACCUGGAGGAGACUUAUGGCUUUUUGCUGUUUGAUGACGUCAACAAGGCAAAUGCACUUGGACAAACUGGAGUACUCACGGGCUCAAGCUCUUGUUCAAGUCUGGGAGAUCCCUUGAAGGGGGUUUACGUCUCAAUGUUCUCUGACUGUUUGAGCCCAGAGCGCUGGCAGGAUGGCCAAUCGGGAUACAUUGUCAUAAUCAAGCUGACGACGGGGAGAGUCAGAAGAGUUUCUGAGAACCACACCAAGGAUAUCUGUGCACCCACUGUGGGUUUUGACUGCCAUGUGUCCCAGGACCUGGCCUCGGUGACGACUCAAACCAGCUUCUCUCUCGCAUUCGAGAGAAGCCAAUGUUAUAUUUACGAGCUGCUUGAUAAUGGAAGUAACAAAACUGCGCAGUCACCCAGCCUCACCUGCCCAUUUGCUAUCGUAGCUUUUUCCUAUAAAAAAAGAAGAACAUUGGCAAUUAAGGAGCCCAAACCAUGUGGCUUCAUCUCAUGUGAAAUUCUCAGAAUUUUGCCGGUUCUACAUUUACCAGAAGGCGAAGUCAAGAAAACUAAACUGGAACAAAACAAAGAACUCCAUAAAGUGCUGGCAGACCCCAUGCAAACUUAUACAGUGUUGCUAAAUCAAGACGAGGCACCAGUUACAACUCUGGCACCAACUGUAAAUGACACCAAUAGCUCUUUAUCAUCUUCUUCUAAGCCAGUCAGUCCUCUGCAUACAGGAGCCAAAGAUCAGAUAAUUGUUGAAAAGACUCCUGCAAAGUUGGAGACAAGUACCAUCAAAGCAAUAACUGGAGGAUCCGUUGCAACAAUUAAUCGCCAAAAACUGAAAAGGAACGAUGAAUUGCCCAAUAACAACAAUGAUCUCGGAGUGAAAAAAUCCCAGACUCCAGACAUUCCUGCAGAAUUGGUUUUAAACAGCACGUGUGGAAAGAAUAGAGCUGAGAAAAGUCCAGUUAGUCCUACUAAAUUGGAGACAAGUGUAGGCGAAGUCUGCUCUGAAGCAACAAGUGCACCAAAUAAUCUUCAAGUGCUGAACAAAACUGAUGAUCAAAGAGUCCAAAACUUCCAAAUUAAUGAUCCAGCAGAGCUGAUGGUGGACUUCAACUCUAAGCAAAAUUCUGUCAGCCCUGCAAAGUUAGGGACAGUUUCUGGCGAAGAUGGAGCAAUGGUUGCACCAAAUGAUCUGCCAGUGCCGAAAGGACUAGAUGAUCUAACAGUGAAAACUGUACAGAUUACUGACGUCCCAGCAGAGCUGAUUUUCAGCUUCACCUCUGAGCAAAGUGUAGCAGCGGAGAGUCGAGUCAAUCCUGUACCUCCAAAGAAGUCUUUGCCUGCUAAGCGCAAUAGAGUUUUUGAAUACUCAAAGAUCGCUAGUCUUACAAGAAAACAACAAAGAAAAUAUUUGGAAUGGAAAUAUUCCAGAAAUAAAAUAGACUCAACCGAAACAUGUUUUGAGACUCCCGGGAUCGAGAAAAUUGAUCAAUCUUCACAAGCUGAUCAGCUCAGUAAUCAGGCUGAGCAAAAAACGGCAACUUCAAAUUUGGAUUGGGAUAAGCUCAAAAGUUUGAUAAUUAAUGGCCGUAAAGUGAAACCUGUAUCUGCUGAGUCUGUAGUGAUGAGAAAUCCAGGAAAACGGACUCUGCUUAGCCCUGUUGCAAUGGACCUGGAAGGUCUCGUGAGGGAGAAAUCUGAGCGUUGGAACUUGAAUCCUGUCCUAAGUGAAUGUGGAAGAGUCUUAGUUCCUUAUGGCUCAAGGGAUAAAGCUCAUUUGGCCAAGUCUUUCUUGGAAAAAGCAAAUGUUAAACAGCUAUCAUCCCAUACAAAAGCCCCUAAUGCACUUAGAAUGGAGCACCACAAGCGCAGCGCAUCUCCAGAAUUGGAAAAGCAUGAGAAUGACAUAAUUAAGUCCCAGGCAGCAAAUGCAGCACAAACCACACUGCAAGAGACAGAGGAUGGUCAAAAUCUGGUUCAAGCAGGUGUUCAUGAACUCACGCAGCCCAUCUCUGACCAGUGUCCUACAAAGCAUGAACCAAGAUGUGUCCUUUCAAGCAGGAAGACAAGAAAGUAUCACUUCGAUUUACAUGAAAAUCCUGAAGAUGUCAUUGCUGAGACAGAGCCUUGUCUGAAGAAAAACAGAGUUGACGCUGACGUCAAGUCAUCAACAAGUUCAGCUGACACCGCAGUGGAACUUGAAGAGUCAACACUGCAGGCAGUCAAGCAUGGAGAGAUGCCUAAUAUGUUAAAGCAAAGCGGGGUGGAGUACACUUAUAUAAGAAAAGCUUUGUUGGAGACGCAGGUCAAAAAGGCUCAAAUCCUAUGCAGACCUCCAUCCAUUUACCCCAAAUGGAAGAGGAUUAAAACACUCAGGAAGCACGUUGACAUCUCACGGGAACACUUUAAAAAGACAUGGUGGAUGCACCUUAAAUCAUCUCAUACCAGUGAAACUGUCAAAGACUGUACCCGCAAUUAUUCUGUCAGGAAGAAAACAGCAGCCUUAAACCCAUCAACAGAUGCUUUGACUUUACUAGCUGAUCUGGCGCUAGGGGGCAAUAAUGAGUUGGUUUCAUCACAACCAGAUAGAAAAGUUGAGAGCCAGCCUCAGUCAGGUUUGAGGAAGAGUGACUGUUCAAAAGAUGUCACUUGUGAUGCUAAAGUGUCGGUUCUUCAUGCUCUGCUGGGACAGCCUGUGACUAGACCCUCACCAAACGCUCUCAUCGAAGGUGAUGAGUUGGUUCGUUUGUUGUGUAAAGAACAUGCUUACUCAUUACCACAGUAUACCUUGAUACCCUCUGGUUUACCAGGCACACCCUUCCAAGUAUCCCCUUUAAGUGGUUCUACUGGAUUGCGAUAUAGGCAUCACACAACAUUUGGUCUUCAAACACCACACGCCUCUGAUAAUCUGGAGGACGAAAACAAGAUUUGUGGGCCUUCAGACCAUUCAAGGAAAUGGAUGUAUUUGUUUAACCACAACCGUAGUUUUGUUUGCAAUCAUGGAUCUGUUCAAGUUACACGGCAAUGGAAGGAAAAGUAUGACUUUGAUCGAGACAGCAGGUUUGCAAGCGACUCGAAGGACAGAACCAUCAUCAGAGCCUUGCACGGCCCAUGGGAUUUUUCGGUACAAGAUACUAUGGAAGACAUGCAGCUCAUUGUCCACAUGUGGAUUGGUUUCUUCUAUAGCCGCUCAACAGCAAGGUCCAUUGACUUCGGCUCAAACCUUGCAACCCAGCAUUCAGACGAGGGUUCGGCUGCAGAGAUAACAUCCCGGGCUCAGUAUCAGCUCGAAGUUGAUCGUUUUUCUUUACCACAAGGUCUAGAAAAUACAACAGAACUUUACUUUUCUGAUGUGUCUGACCUCAGCAACAACUCUUUAGAUCAAGGAUCUGAUGUUUUGAACUGGUCUUUUGGAAACUCUGAUACAUUCAAGGUUCUCCAUCCAGAUCCUCUAGACAACAGUAUAAAGGCAUCAAAUUCACAAAGAAGACUAAAAGAAAAACCAACAACACAGAGUUACCAAACAAUGAUUCUCUCUGCAGAUACUCUGAAAAAAAGCAGCAAUGAGCAUCAUUUGUCUCUUUCACAAGAGGAUGGAUACCUGCAGCACAAGGACUUGCCCUCUCUAAAAGAGGAUUUAACCCACAAACAAGUAGAGAUGGAGAUGAUCUCAGUUGGGACAGAGAAUCGUGGUAUGGUUGUUGGAAUGGACAGUUUGUUAGAUAAAUCUAAUCAUGAAGAGUUCGAUUUAAAAGGUGGGUCCGAUGCCACAAAGCUCAAGUUGCUAAAAGACAGUGAUCUAUCUUUAAAAGAAAGAGAGCUCCACAAAGAUGCGGGUGAAGCAUCUUCUUCAGUACCUCAAAUGGAACACAAAAACUCAAAUACCUUUUGCAACAGAAAUCUCUCAAAAAGUGAAACAUCUGAAGCAGAAGAGGCCAAAGACUCUACAUUUGCAAAGGAUUGUUGUAAAAGAAGUAACAAUCAAUUUGUAAAAGCAGCUGAUGAGGAUAGCUGCAUUUCUGUAUUCACUGCAGAAAAUGGCCGUGAUUUAAGCGAUUACCCGUUAACAAUUGUGUUUGAGAGUGACGAUUCAGAAACGGAAGUUCAAAGUAUAGAACCUAAUGACAAAGAGAAAAAAAAAGAAAAACAGCAAUCACCAACUGGCAUUGAAUUACAGCCAAGAGUCUUGUGUCAGAAUCAAAUGAGAGCUCAUGAUGUUUCAGGAUACACUUUUGAAACUUCGUCAGAAGUGGGUAUUGGUAACAAUGCGUCGUCAUCAGAAAGUAUUUCUUCGGUAAACUGUAAGAUGACAAAUUUUACUUCCCAAAAAACAUACAGUCUUGAAACAGAAAGCUCCUACAAUCCAACGAGUCCCUUUCAUUUUAGAAUAGGGGCUGGUAAAGAUGAAAAGAGGGCAACAGUAGCUCCAAAACAUUCGCUACCUAAAUUAAUUCAAUUUAAAAAUGUAAAACAUUUCGGAUCCCAUUCAGAAUUCGUUAAAAACGCACAAAAUAAGCUUCAAGAUAUCCAUUGUGAAGUGAUACAUCCAUUAAAUGGCCUUUCGGGAAAGAAUUCUCCACCUACAGACCAUCAGAGUCAUGUUGUAGAUGUUGCUAACAACACAAGUAUGGGUUAUCCCAAAAACAUUCCAGAGUUGUCAUCUCAGAAACUAUCAGCACUCAAAGUGAGUGAAACCAGACACCCGGAUAUUGUAGGAGAUACUGAUGAGACCAUCAAUGGCAUCAUACAUGAAAGGGCAUACAAUCAACAAAAUAAUUUGAGUCAAUGUGGACCUGUUCAACUUGAAAUUAAUCUGGAAUCAAUUAAAGAGAGACAAGAUAAGAAAGUGGAAGAAAUCCCCUGUGGGGUAGUAAGUCCCUUAAAAGUACAAAACCCUUCACCUACAGGGUGCCAGAGUUCGGUUGAGGGUACUGUUCGGAAGCAAGCAGAAGCAGAGUUUGCCAUAGCAACUAAUUCCUUCAAAAGUGUAGGAGAACUUUUACUAUGCAGAGAAUCAGUGCUCCAGGUUGCUGAUGCCAGCCAGGCUGAUGCUACUGUAUCAGUAGGAGGAGGUGUAAUGGGUUUCACCGUAGCCCAAACACAUCAACAAAGUAUUUUAAUUGAGUCUAAAACUCUAAAACAAUUAGAGUCUGAUGUGGAAUGUGAAGGAAGAGAUCAGAAUAUUGAAGAAAUCCGCUGUGCCGUUAUAUUUCCCUUGGGUGGCUUUUCUGAAGAAAACUCAUCACUCACAGGAUCUCAGAAUUCAUUUGAUGAGAUUGUCAGGAAGAAGACAGAAACUGAAUUUGACAAGAGAAGCGGUUCACCCAAAAGCAUCAUAAAACGGUCACCUCGCAGAGUAUCAGUGCUAAAGGUCAGUGAAACCAGCCAGAUGAAUAUUGCAGAAGGCUGGUUGGACUAUGAGUCCACGAGUCAUAAAGAAAAUGAUAAACCAAAGAGAGUACCUUCUGAGCCUCGCAUCAAUUGUUCAGACAUCCCUGACUCCAGGAUAGACACAAAGUCAAGUUUAGCUAGUCAGAUUGAGACAACAAACGUGAAAGUCACUCUUGGUCAACACUCAAAUGACACUAAGGACAGGAAUGCAAAGCCAUCCCAGGCUGCCUCUACCUCACAAUGCUUGCGACCUGAACCUUUGGAUUGCUUAGUUGAUACAUUGCUGUUAAAACACAAACCAGGAGAGUAUCGCUGCGAUGUCCCAACUUGCAGUAAAGAAUCAUUGACAACAAAAUGCAGAUUCUACAUGUUGGUAACAUCAGAGGAUUCCUUCUUUGAGGAAACAAAGGCAUGUUUAGAAGAAGCAGGUCAUACAGCUGUACAACCAGCCCAGUUCUUACUAAGCAAAGAGUGUUCAUCUAUGCUCAUCGUUGUCAGGAAUGAAGACAUCUCCACACACCUUUUUGAGAUUCCACAUCUACUCGAGCUGAAAAUGUCACCCAACGUGCGGUUUGCUGGCAUUGAUGAACCACAAGAUCUUAUGAAUUUCACUCAUCAGGAACUCUUUCUCAGUGGCGGCUUUGUGAUGUUAGAUCAACAGUCUUUGGAAUCCCUCAGUCUCGACAAAGUGAAAAGAUUCCUUGAAGUCCUGCAAGAUCUUAACAAAUCUGAGAAGUGGAAGUGGUUGUUGCACUACAGAGACAGUCGUCGAUUCAAAGAAAAUGCGAGGCUUAGUGCAGAGGAAGAAGAGAAAAAGAACUUGUUAACCUGGUCCCAAGAGACAGGACUAUCUGCAGUCCUGCCGUACCAUGAAUGUGACGCCAAGUCAAAGGAUCAACCCGACUAUCUUUGUUGUCUGGUGCACUUGCAGGUCCAGAAUAUUGCAGCCCGGUUCCCUGUGUUUCUAACUGAUACAAGGACUUCUGGUAAAUUUGAGAAAAAUGGAAUUUUGACAACAACCGUUAACUCUUUCCUAAAGCGAUUUUCUACAUGACACAUGGCCUGACCACAACUCUUCCAUGUUCACUUGCACUUAACCACACAAUGCAAACAAUAAACCUCAUUUCUUAAUUUACUGAAAGCAAAUGACCUUAUCCGUUCUAAUUUUAUAAGAUGUACAAAAUGUCACUUUGUGUACCUGGUUUGGGUUUUUUUGUAUUCACAUAUUUCAAAUUUAAAGAGUAGUGUCAUAAAUAAUACCAUGGUUGUGUUUGAUUUAAAUAGGAGUUUUAUAUAUAAGGGUCUGUUAGACAUGUUUAAUGUUUUUUGUCUAAUUUAAAAAGGUAGUAUACUGAUAUAUAUUUGGAUUAUUUUCCAUGAAAUUGUGUCAUAAAAGAUAGUGUUUUUUAUAUAUAGAUAUAGAUAUAUACAUGCACACACAUAUAUCGCUAUAUAGCGAUGCAGGAUUCAUAAAGGCAUAAGAAAUGAUGUCAAAGACAGGGUGCUCACAAUCUGUUCAAAGUUUGUUUUUUGUUGGGGGGGUGACGCCUGUGAUAGGAAGGUUUGCUUGAAUAGUUUGCUCCUGUCACAAGCCAAAGCAUUUACAUAAAUGGGAUAAACUUUAUUGUCUUUGCUAUAUACAAAAAAAAACAAAAAAAAAAACAAUAAAAGUUGUCCUGAAUGCCUGUUUUUGUCAUGAUGCGGGAGAUUGAAUGUGAUAUCAUCAGUUACCAUGGCAAGACAAAGACCACUUAACCCCUUGUCUUCUGUUAAAAAAUUGAUUAAAUUUGAUCUGUGAUUUAACUCAGCCGGAAAAUACUAAACUUUAGCAGUAUAUUGUUCUUGUCGGGUUUGACCCAUUUCCAACUUUGGGUAUGCAAAAAUCAAUCGUAGUUUUUACAUAUCCAUAUGUGGAAAACUGGUCAAUUUUGACCCAAACAGAAUUGCAAAGUUUAAGCCACGCCACAGAAAGAUUGACCUACCACAAAGCAUAGAAAUAGUCAUAGUGCAAGAACUGAAUAAAGCUCUCUGGCUGUCAAUAAUGUCAUUGAUUUUGCUCCAUUUUUUAAAUUGUAUUAUCGGAAAAAUAGUACUGCAACCUGAGAGCAAAAACGAACUAAUGGGAUCCCGACAACAGAAGGAUUGAGAACUGGAAUACCGACAGAACGUCGCUUGGAUGAAAUGAAAAGAUCUGAUCCCAAAGAGUUGUACAUACUGUAAGAGGCAAAGCAUGCUUGCUUCAAGCUGUUUAGAGUCAGUCCCAGAUAAGGUUUCUGUAAAACUAAAAAAAAAAACCUCACAACUGCAUAGUAAACAAACUAUUCAACUAUUGCAUUAUAUAAGCUAGGUCCACGAGUUAAAUGUAUCAUGUGAAAUGGGCUGACUGAAAUAGGCAUGGAAGCUACAGUAAUUAUAAAUAUGAAUUUUAGUGUGUACUUUUUUUAAUUAGAAAAAUAAGUUGACUAAAUUACUGGUAACAAUUUUUAACUUGAUUAAAAAAAAAAGAAAAAAGAAAAUUGGAAAAAAUUAAGCUAAAUGAACAGCUAUAGCUAAAAUAAUAAUUAAAAAAAAAAAAAAAGUUAAAUGAAACGCUGGUUAAAAAUUAUGGAAUCACCAGUCUCGGAGGAUGUUCAUGCAGUUGUUUAAUUUUGCGAGAAAAAAAGCAGAUCACAGACGGGACAAAAAACAGGAAUUUUAAAUAAAAUAAUUUUUUUUUUUUUAAAUCUUAAGGUAAAAAAUCAUGACAUAGUGUUGCAAAAGAUAGUGGUUGCUCAAAGGCAGCUGUCUCUAAAAUCUGGACCAAGUAUAAACAACCCGGGAAGGCUGUUAAAAGCAAGCAUACUGGUAGACCAAGGAAGACAGCAUAGCAUUAAGACAAAACCCAAAGCAAUAUCAUGUCUUGAAGACAGAAAAAGCACAACAAUACAUGAGCGGAAACUGGAGUCGACGUUUGUGACCGAACUUUAAGAAACCGGCGAAAGGAAAUGGGAUAUACAUACAGGAAAGCUAAAAGAAAGCCAUCAUUAACACCUAAACCAAAAAAAAUUUUUUUAAAUGGGCUAAGGAAAACAAAUUAUGGACUGUGGCUGACUGGAUAAAAGUCAUAUUCAGUGACGAAUCACGGAGCUGCAUUGGCCAAGGUGAUGAUACUGGAGCCGUUCCGUCAGUCAUUGAUGACAUCAAGCUUCAUGUCAGGUAAAGGCACUUGGGAGAUGACUAUAAUCACAUCUUCAUUAAAUGCACAAGUUAACAUUGAUAUGUUGGACACUUUUCUUUAUGGGGCGCCGUUU